GCAGGUCUCAAAAAGCAGCUCAGUUAAAUAACUUCCUCUAUACUUCGUUAUCCUCAGUGUGUUCAUAGUCAAAUUAAUUCCCUAUAUUAUUUUUUGUUUAGCUAUAACAAACAAACUUCAAUCAUUGUGAAUCGAAACUCCUUUUCGGUGAUGGAUUCUGACGAGGAUCUAGCCGGGGAGGGAACGGAGUUUGGACAAAGAGAACCCCUGACUCGCAGAAUUCGAACCCUCCUUAAAGACUACGCAGAUGGUCUCCCAGUUCCAAAGGAGCUCAUACAAAAUGCAGAUGAUGCUCAGGCAACUGAAGCUUGUCUAAUGCUUGACUUGCGAACCCACACAACUGAGCAACUCAUUAACGAUAAACUAGCCCAAUUCCAAGGACCAGCGCUUGUCUUCUGGGACAACAAGCCUUUCCAGGAUGCAGACUUUGAGAAUUUGUGUGAGUUUGGCGGUGAGACGAAGCUGGAUGACCGCAAGAAAGUUGGCAAGUUUGGACUGGGUUUCAACUCUGUGUACAACUUGACUGACCUACCUCAAUUCGUGAGUAAGACUUCCCUCUGCUUACUUGAUCCCCAUGAGAAAUUUCUGCGAGGUAAAAGAGGGGCCAGGUAUGACUUGACUGCAAUUCGCGAAAAAAACGGAAAGCACAUUGCUGAUUCCAUGAUCGGUCAGCUGAAACCAUUCGAUGGACUUUUUGGAUUUUCGGUUGACAAAAUAAAGAGCGGAGAAGUUUUUGAGGGCACCAUCUUUCGAUUUCCACUAAGAACCGAAGAUCAUGCCAAAUGGAGUAAAAUAUGCGAUGAACCGUACACCAUAGAGAGUGCAAUGGAGCUGAUUGAAAUGACAAAAGGCUCUUCGGAUCUGUUUCUUAUCUUCCUGCAGUUCGUUAACAAAUUUGAGAUCUGUUUGAAACGAGAUCAGGGAACUGAAGUUCUGUCGAAUUUUGGCCGUAAUUUUCUGGACUCCAAUGACAUCGGAGCUCGCGUUCUUUUCAAACUUGAAGACAAGUUUAAGUCAUCAUACAAGAUCCAAAUUCAAGAUAAUCAAAAAAGCCAAAGCUACCAAUGGGAUAUUUUUGUGACUGCGCCAGGCAAAAAGUCAUCAGACGGAACCAGGUGUGUGGGAUCUAUUGCUUUUCCUUCACAUGAUUUGGACUUGAGGAAAAACUGCCAGGUUCGAAUUCUGUUCUGUUUCCUACCUCUGCCCCACCCUCAAGACACUGGACUGCCGUUUCUGGUGAACGGGACGUUUGCGGUGACUUCUUCUAGACGCUACCUGGAGCUGAACUCGGCGGACGACAAGUCGGCUGAUAAGUCAAGUGAUGGAUCUUGGAACCGAGACAUCCUGCAGUUGGGUGCCGCUGAAAGUCUUUGCACAGCUGUACUCACCAGGAGCUGUACCCACUCUCAGGAACAUCUUUUUCAUCUGUUUCCAAAAAUGUCCAACGAUGCAGACCCGCUUUGCAAAAUGGUGAUGGAAACAUUCUACACGCGAAUUGCUUCCGAUCCUUUGCUCACUGUAUUCUGUUGUCCGAACUCGUUGAACUUAGUUGCUCUUUGCAACACGAAAGUGUUCCUUAUAUCUGAUGAUAUUCCUGAUAAUAUAAGACAAAGUCUUUCGACUUGCUCGGCAGUACUGAAACCAGAAACUUUGAAUGGAGCAAUCUACCUUGUGUUGCCGCCCAAAAUAUUAGAAUCUGAUUCCUCUCUCGUUUGA